UACCCCACAGUCUUGGUAUUUUCACUGCAUUGGGAAUCAUGACUAGGUGGGUGCAGACCUUUCUCCUCUUGGUGGCUGUUAUCCGUUCCUAUGCAGAGGAUAGCUGCCCAGAUGUGAAAGUCAUUGGAGUGGGGGCUUCAGACAAGCUGACCAUUCUGCGAGGGUGUCCCGGGAUCCAAGGAGUACCAGGUCCACAAGGGCCAGCUGGACCUGUAGGAGCUAAAGGGUUUGCAGGAGCACGUGGGAUUCCUGGGGAUAUUGGACCAACUGGCUUAAAAGGAGAGCAGGGAUAUCCUGGGGCAAGAGGGCUAAAAGGUGAAAAAGGAGAUCCCGGUGUGCCGGUUCCAGGGACUGCACAGAACUGUAAGGAAUGGCUGGAUCAGGGAGUAACGAUCAGCGGCUGGUACACUAUAUACACCCCCAAUGGGCUUACUCUCUCUGUGCUCUGUGACAUGGAAACUGAUGGAGGAGGAUGGAUAGUGUUUCAGAGAAGAGCAGAUGGGUCGGUAGAUUUUAAUCGAGACUGGAAUUCAUACAAGAGAGGGUUUGGUCGCAAAGACAGUGAAUUUUGGUUGGGGAACGAUAAUCUCCAUCUCCUCACAGCAACAGGGAAUUUCCAGCUCCGCGUGGACCUGACAGAUUUCAGUGACAAGAGCACUUACGCCUCAUACAGCAACUUCAGUAUCGCUGAGGAGUCUCAGAGUUACACCCUGAGUCUGAGGAGUUUCAUGGGAGGAGACGCAGGUGACUCCCUCUCUGGGCACAAGAACUUUUCCUUCAGCACCAAAGACAGAGACAACAAAAGCAACUGUGCCCACACGUUCAAAGGAGGCUGGUGGUAUGAAACUUGCCAUUAUUCAAACCUGAACGGACUCUACUUGCAUGGCAACCACACCAGCUAUGCCAAUGGAGUUAACUGGAGUACGGGCAGGGGGUACCAUUACUCAUACAAGGUGUCCGAAAUGAAGUUUCGUCCUCAGCCUUAAAGCCAGGAGGUGACUUGAAGACAGACAGCAGUCAUUGGGCGGUUCUUAAUCAUUACAGCUUUAAAACUUGCUGCCCCAUGCUUCUGGGACGGAACCAGGCAAAUACAGUUUAACAUAUUAACAUAGGAAGUUAGAUCGAAAAAAGACAUCCAUCCAUUAAGUUUAACCUUUUAACUCUAUUUUAACUAAUACUAAAUAAACCAAUGGAGUGUU